AUGGUGUGUGAAGGUGUCCGUGGCGCCCUCAUGGUGUGUGAAGGUGUCCGUGGCGCCCUCAUGGUGUGUGAAGGUGUCCGUGGCGCCCUCAUGGUGUGUGAAGGUGUCCGUGGCGCCCUCAUGGUGUGUGAUGGUGUCCGUGGCGCCCUCAUGGUGUGUGAUGGUGUCCGUGGCGCCCUCAUGGUGUGUGAUGGUGUCCGUGGCGCCCUCAUGGUGUGUGAAGGUGUCCGUGGCGCCCUCAUGGUGUGUGAAGGUGUCCGUGGCGCCCUCAUGGUGUGUGAUGGUGUCCGUGGCGCCCUCAUGGUGUGUGAAAGUGUCCGUGGCGCCCUCAUGGUGUGUGAAGGUGUCCGUGGCGCCCUCAUGGUGUGUGAUGGUGUCCGUGGCGCCCUCAUGGUGUGUGAAGGUGUCCGUGGCGCCCUCAUGGUGUGUGAAGGUGUCCGUGGCGCCCUCAUGGUGUGUGAUGCUGCGCUUCGCGAUAGUUUUUCGGUGAAGGGAUGA